ACAGCAUAACGCCAGAAAAGGAUGCAAAUAUGGACAACAACAAUCCAUCUCACUCCAAAUAUCUUAUCAAGAUUUAUCACCAACAAAGCAAUGCUCCUUUAUUCACAUUAUUUUUAUUAUUAUUAUUUAGCUUUGUUCUCACACAUCCCAUAUUUAUUUUGUUAUAUUAUUUUGUUUAUUAUAUAUUGAUGUGUGAUCCCUUGAGGGUAAAAGCCUCCUCCAUCUUCUUCCAUUUGUUUUUGUUUUCCGCAAUAUGCUCCCAAUUAUUUCCUGCGGUUUCUAUGAUGUCAUCAUUCCAUCUUUUUCUUUGUUUCCCUCUGUUUCUUUUUCCAAGAGGACCUUUCCAUUUGGUUGCCAGAACAGUCCACCUAUUAUCUUUGUACCUUGCCAAAUGUCCGGCCCAUCUCCAUUUUUGCCUUAAGCUAUACUGCAGUGCGUCUGUUACUUUUGUUUGUGAUCUAAUAACAGUGUUUCUGACUUUAUUUAUUAUUUUUAGGUUUAUCUCCAUCCCACGUUGGCAAGAUAAGAUUUUUCCUCGUACUUUCUCGGUGAAAACCACACGUGUAUUCACAUUAUCAAAAGAUAUCAAUUUAUACAACAAUUAGCGAUACGUAAUCAGUAGGUACCUAAUCGCUAAUUCAAAGGAGCCAGUUUACGAUUGUCAACUAUUUAAGCAGUUUGUAAAAUGGCGGAGAAAAUAAAGAAGAAACCAGCUCUGUUCUCUCUGAAGAGCUUUAGGAGUGUGAAAGAUGGUAAUGUGAGCCCUAAGACUCCGUCUACACCUAAUGGACAGGAUGUGAAGUUUUUUUCAUCGAAUUCAAACAAAUAUGCGCAAAAUCUGGAGCCCCGGCCUCGAGCGGCAUCAGCAGCAGGGAUCAAGGAGUUGGUCCAAUGCUCGCUAUGCCUGGAGGUGCUCCACAAUCCGAAGAUGCUGCCGUGCCAGCACACUUUCUGCAUGGCUUGCUUGGCAGUGUAUGCUGGAAAUUCACCUAUCUUAGAGUGCCCAAUCUGCCGGACAAAAAUUCACGUCACCAGCCCUAACUUCAUCAAUGACCUUCCUUCCAACCUGUACAUAGACUCGUUGCUUCAACUAGUCGGAAUAAGCAAUGGAAGUGAAAAGGCUGUCACUCCGCCACAAACGCCUAUGGUACCAGGAAUGCAGAGUGUGGAACUGUACGCCGCUGGAGUGAGGUGUUUUCAGUGUCAGACUAUGUGUGAUAGCGUUGAUACCACCGCGUGUGAGCACUGCAAGCUGAAUUUCUGCCGUGUCUGUUGGUCUCAGCAUUUGGAUGACAUGCGGACCCAAGUUGAAUCUAUUCUCAAGCAGCUGGAAGCGGCUUCUGAAAGGAUGGAACAUAAAGUGGAAUAUUACAAGGACCGCUGUGAACGCGUAACUGAACAAAUAGUCAUCACUGCGGACGAAAAAAUAGAUGCGAUCAUCGAAAGUAAAGACAAGUUACUCAAGGAAGCUUCAGAACUUCAAAAAUGUGGGGAAAUGUCAGCUUUAGCUCUUAAGAGCUCUUUGAGGGAGGCCCGGGAAGUAGCGAAGAGAACUAUGUCACUAAAGGAGCAUGUCGAGGAAAAAACGAAGGUAACCACCUACAUGAACCUGCACCAUAAUGCCGUCCAGCUUCUGUCUGACGUUUCCAAAUGGGACUCAGAGCGAUUCGUUUUCGACAAGGAGAACUUCCGCAUAGAAAUGGAUUCGGCUACUCCGCUGGAAGCUGAGUCUGAUGACCCGGUGCCCACGGCUGGUCGGCAGAACGAUCCGUUGGAAAGUGAAGAGAGCUUGGUGUUACAUUACAGAUCCCGUAACUUCACCCCCCACUACGUCUGGCGUAAAACCGCGCGUCCCUGCGGCGUGGGCAUCAGUCCAUGGAACAACUAUCUUUACGUGUGUGGCAUGGAUACCCAUAGCGUGUUAGUUGUGGAACGAACCCAGGCCAAGAUAGUCACCAGGCUGACGUGUGAAGAAAUGUUGUGCCCGGUGCAUAUUGCCUUUAUGAAGAGCUUGGGAGAAAUUUAUGUCACAGACAAAUGGAAGCACUGUGUCCAUGUGUUCACGAAAGAGAGAGAAUACGCCCGCUCCAUCGGUCAGAAGGGCAGUCGGGUUGGCAUGUUCCGGUCUCCUGAAGGCAUUGCAGCCGACAACGCCAGUCAGCUGCUAUAUGUGGUGGACACUGGAAACGAUCGAGUUCAGAUCCUGCAACCCGACGGAAAAUUCGUCGAUCAAAUCGGCGUCACGACCAAGCUCCAAACUGUCUACACGACCAAAAACUUGGAGACGAAAGAAUUUACAGUCACAGAGUUGAACGCACCAACUAGCGUCGCUGUCACCAGCGACCGAGUUGUCGUACUAGACAGCGGGAAUAAACGAGUCAAAGUUUAUAAUAAAGCUGAUAAGAGUAAGAUCAAAGAAUUCGGUUCAGUCGGGCAAAGAAAAGGGCAAUUCCGACAUCCUGAAGUCUUAGCUGUGGAUCCUAUGGGUUUCAUUCUUGUAGGGGACUCUGGGAACUGUAGAGUGCAGGUGUUUAAGCAGAAUGGUCAGCUGGUGAGGGCUUUUGGUGGAUUGGGUACGGAUGCGGGGAAGUUCGGAUGGAUUUCUGGGAUCACAGUUAGUAAACAGUUGGAUAUUAUCGUUAGUGAUACGAAGAAUCAUAGCGUCAAUUUUAUUUAACUCUAGCGCUGUUGUAGCGUAUAUAUUCACGAUGCCAACAAUGCGAUACUAAUAUCAGAUUAUUCAGAUUUGUAGGUAUACUCACUCCGCUCAGAAAUUCUACAAAGGAAGAGAUUCACUUCUUCUGCUCUGCCGAGAAUGUAAGUGAUGUUGAUUGAUGAGAUUGUAAAUGAUGAUCUUGAAACCCCACCGAAACGCCUCAGAAAUGUAGUCUGGCUCUGUCGCGCCAAUACGCAAGAGCAAUAGAGAUAGAUAGCUACGAAAGAGAUAUUAUCGUGAGCGUUUCGUAAGCGUUUGUGCAUUCGGCUGCCCACACUGGUACGACGGUCUUUUCCACAUUGAACUUACAUAAUACUCAUUAUUGUGCUCCCAGCCUACAUGAGAAGGAGGCAACUAGUUGCUAAAGUGAGAUAGCGAUAUCUCACCGUCAUAGAUAGUUUUUGUUGUAGGAUUGAAGUAAAAACUUGCCUUGUGUAUAACAAUUUUUAUUUCAUAUGGAAACGUGUAGAUACAGAAAAUAAAUUUGCAUUAAUCUUAAAAAUAAUGUUUAAUAAGUGGGAUUGGAUGCAUUUAGUAAAUGAUAUUUUGAUGUUGGUCAUAGAAAAAAUAAUAUUUUUACUUACUAUCAAUUAAUACAAUUGACUAAAAGAACUAUUACCACUAAAAAGACUUAAAAUAGAUGCACUGAGAAACAAAAUCACAGAGAUUCGACUUACAAUUAAAUUAUCCAUAAUUUAGGCCCUAGGGCUUAAACGAUACAUUUUUAACAUGACUAAAUAUAAUUCUACUAUAAUAAUAUUUGAGGGUACUUCCAGAUAUACCUGAGUCAAAAUUAUGUAUUUGGUGAAGUGAUAAUAAAAUAGAAUGAUGCUGCCUUCCCACCCAAAGCAGAUGAUUGA